AUGGAGGCUACUACGCCAAAAGCAAUGAAUGGUGUGACGUAGAGGAAGUGCCGCCGAAUAUCUUCUAACAUUCAGUUUCACCAGAUCGAGCGCUGCCUCAAUGAGCGCGCCAGUCUCGAUGUCAUUCGUCUUUGGUGACGGAGCACGUUUAAAAUCCGCAGGAUUGUACCAACUGCAUCUCGCCAAAGAAGGAGGAAAUAUACGCGUACAUUUUAGACAGAGAAAAAAAAGUGCUUCUACGUGAACUGACUUGGUCGCUAUUUUCUCUUCCGUCUUUUCUGGGACAUCGAAUCAGUGGAAUUAUAAGCUGCAUGCCCUUGAACAAAAAAUAAAGCAUUUGCUUGAACUUAUUUGAGCUCGCAACGUGGAAGAUAUUGUGGCUGAACACCCGCUGUGUCGCACUGGAAAUAUAAACGCAGUGCGUUUUAGGGGUGAAGGGGCGUCCCGUAUUCAAUGAGCGGACGUUCCUCGCGCCGCGCUGGAUCUCCGUUUGAAGUUCACCCGCGCGCUGCAGUAAACACCGUGCGCGCGAUCCAUCCAUCGUCAGAGCGCGCUGGAAAUGCAGGUUUGGGGUGCAGACAAUUCUUGCUAUAAAGUAAAAAAAUAACCAUUUUAUGUUUCAUAUUCAAUGAAUGUAAUACUCCAAGAUAUUAUUUACCUCAAAUGUUGCCUUCUGGUGACAGAAACCACAUGUUAAGAUGCACUGAGCGAUGUGAUUUUGACAUUUUACGGAGCUUUUUCUCUGUGAGGGACCCCCGCGCCCCGUCACUUACAAUGUACUUUGAAUAACCGACUUUUUCUUGUUUGAACUCGUAUUUAAUUGUGUUCACUAACGAUGGAGGACGAAAUUCGCUAUGACAAUCGUAAUAUUGUGGAAAAAUACCUCAAUCACAAACUUUUAAAGAGGGGUUAUGUGUGGAAAUGUCAAUCAUCUGGAGAUGAGGAAGAUUCUCAUAAAGGAAUUGAGGACUCUUCAAACUCUGACAGGAGGCUUCAGGCUCCCUCGGCCGGAGGGGGCAACAUCGAAUGUCUGUUACCCCACCGGGUCACCCGCUCCGACCCUCACUUGAGGCUCUAUCGGGCGUUACGUGAGGCUGGAGACGAGAUAGAAAAGAUGUACCAGAGGGAAUUUGAUGAGAUGUCCAACCAUAUGGUAUUUACGCCCAAUACAGCGCAGCGCAAUUUCGUAGCUGUUGCCGAGGAGCUGUUCAGGGAUGGAGUGAACUGGGGUCGGAUUGUGGUGUUCCUAGAGUUUGGUGGUACCAUGUGCGUGGAGAGCGUUAACCGGGAGAUGGCGUCCCAGGUAGAUAAUAUUGCACGUUGGAUGACAGACUACCUGAACGGGCCGCUGGAAAACUGGAUCGAGGAAAAUGGUGGUUGGGUAAGUUUAUGGUCGAAGGUUGCCAGGGUAGAUGAUAAAGGAGAGUGA